AUUAAGUAUACAAUAAAAUUAAACAGUGCAAUGUCUGAAGAAAAUAUGAAAAAUGAAAGAAGGGCUGCUGGAGAAUUGCUUGACUCCCUCUACUUGGAUAUGAUUCAUCUAAUCGAAGCGCACACCAAAUGCCGUAUUGACAUCGAACGGACGAGCUCAGAUGGCUCGAUUCUCCUAGCACGAACAAAGUUCCAACAGGGAGGUCAUUCAUUAUCGACCGCACAAAUUCCAGCGGAAAAUAGUGCAGAGUUUAAUGCUCUAUGCAGAGUUAAAAAGGCUGCAAACGAAGACAUCAGCAUAGAGAGACAUCCGGUGGACAAAGAGAACGGUUACGUGGAGCCUUUAUAUUGGUUCAGCGUAUUGCCCCCAAUGAGCUUACGGAGCGCAGUAGAUAAAUUUAAAAGAACGAUCGAUUUGAUAGCAGAGAGUGCUAAUCUGCAAAGGGAGCUUAGUAGAGUACUGGAUGGCAUUAACAGGUUACGGCAAACUGUUGCAUUGCAAUAAUAUU